AGACAUGUUUAUUCUGUUGUCUGUUUGCGGGAGUUCCAAAAUAUUUACUAAAUGUUUUCAAAUUUUACCGAUAGUAAUUUUUCGUUAUCAUAAACAAUGCUACUUUUGUUAUAGAAUCCAUUUUUCUGGCAGCCACGGGAAGAAAAGAAAAAUCAUUUCAAUUAUGUUGCGUGACGAAUAUUUCGUUUCGGUCUACUGAACAAAGAUUGUACUUCUGAAAUUUUGCUGUCCAAGUGAAUUGUAUUGCUCUUAAUUCAAAAAUAUUAGUCAUGCUGAGCCAAAUAUCAAAAGUGUUUGCUUUUGGAAGAAAAAUAUUAAUUUUAUAUAGCUGUCGUUUUAGUUCUGUUCCUGUACCAAUUCCUGAACCCAAGAUUUAUCAUACCAAACUUUUCAUUAAUAAUGAGUGGCAUAAAUCACGGUCUGGAAAGGUAUUUCCUACAACUAAUCCAGCAACAGGUGAUGUCAUUACUAAUGUAGAAGAGGCAGAUUUUGAAGAUAUUGACAAAGCAGUGAAAGCUGCACAAUCUGCUUUCAAAUUUGGAUCACCUUGGAGGCGUUUGGAUGCAUCUGAACGAGGAAAAUUAUUGAACAAAUUAGCUGAUAUUAUAGAAAGGGACAGAGUAUAUUUGGCUAGUUUAGAAGCACUUGAUGGGGGGAAACCCUACUCUGAUGCUUAUAAAAUUGAUCUUGAUAUGGCAAUUAAAGUUUAUAGAUAUUUUGCUGGAUUUUGUGAUAAGAUAUAUGGGCAGACACUGGUCAUUGAUGGAGACUAUUUUGCAUACACGAGACAUGAACCUGUUGGUGUUUGUGGACAGAUUAUACCAUGGAAUGUUCCACUUGUGAUGCAGGCUUGGAAACUAGCACCUGCAUUAGCUGCUGGUAAUACAGUGAUCCUGAAGCCAGCUGAACAAACACCACUGUCAGCCCUAUAUGUUGCUGAACUCAUCAAAGAAGCUGGUUUUCCUCCAGGCGUAGUAAAUGUCAUACCUGGCUUUGGUCCGUCUGCCGGAUAUGCUCUUGCUACUCACCAUGGAGUUGAUAAAAUUGGGUUCACUGGCUCCACUCAUACUGGCCAGCUUAUAAUGGAAGCAGCAGCUAAAUCCAAUCUGAAACAUGUUACUCUAGAACUUGGUGGUAAAAGUCCUAGUAUAGUAUUCAAAGAUGCAGACUUGGACAAUGCUCUUCAAUUCACUCACCUUGGUGUGUUUUUCAACCAAGGUCAGGUUUGUUGUGCUGGUUCUAGGAUCUUUGUUGAAGAAACCAUUUAUGAUGAAUUUAUAGAAAAGAGUGUUGAGAUGGCUAAAAAGAGAAUUGUUGGAAAUCCUUUUGAUCCCCAAACACAGCAAGGACCACAAGUAGAUGCUGGGCAAAUGAAUAAGGUACUUAAUCUGAUCAAAAAUGGUGAAAAAGAAGGUGCAAAUAUGCUAUGUGGUGGUAAUCGUAUUGGGGACAAGGGCUACUUUAUCAGUCCAACAGUUUUUGCUAAUGUUCAAGACAAUAUGAAAAUUGCAAAAGAAGAAAUAUUUGGCCCUGUAAUGCAAAUUCUGAAAUUCAAAACAGUUGAAGAAUUAUUGGAAAGAGCAAAUAACACGAUGUAUGGUUUAGCUGCUGGAGUAUUUACUAAGGAUAUAGAUAAAGCAAUGUAUUUUUCAAGUGGUCUUCAAGCUGGUACUGUUUGGAUAAAUUGCUAUAACAUUUUUUCUGAACAAGCUCCAUUUGGUGGAUUUAAAAUGUCUGGCAUUGGAAGAGAAAUGGGAGAAUAUGGCCUUCAAGCAUACAGUGAAAUUAAAACAGUCACCUUAAAAGUACCACAUAAAAACAGCUAGCUGAUGAAGGACUCACACUGAGGCAGCAGUCAUUUAUUUUUGUGCUUAAAUAAUUAAAAAAACUGUGAUGAUUAAAAUGAUUAUUUUUAGUAUUAAACAUUCUGAAUUUUUGAUGUUUUGAAUAAAAUAUAUUUUUAUAUUCUGA